AUGGCAACAACACUCCAGAAUGGCACCUCAUCCACGGCCGUCAUGGAGCCUGUCCAACUGCAGCCACUCUCACUGAAGCAGGAAACAUCAUCAUCGAAACAGCCAUCUGUAGGCGGCCGCAGUCUACGUUCGAUCAAGACGGACGACGGCAGCGAUGAUCGCAACGAAUCGCUUCCAUCGCCAACGACAGCCAGCCAGCCACAGGAGACUUGGAGAAAUCCCAAAGGCAACAUCUACAAGGUGUCGGCAACCUUCUGGGCCUUUAUCGUAAUGGGCAUGAACGACGCAACCUAUGGAGCCAUCAUCCCGUACCUCCAGACUUACUACAACUUGCGAUACGCCAUCGUCUCACUGGUCUUCCUGUCGCCCUUUGUCGGCUACACUGCGAGUGCACUUUUGAACAACGCGAUCCAUCUUCGGUUUGGCCAGCGUGGAGUGGCCUUUCUUGGACCUCUUUGCCAUCUGUUCGCCUACGUGAUCAACUGUGUUCAUCCACCAUUUCCCGUCCUUGUCGUAUCUUUUAUCCUCGCUGGCUUCGGAAACGGACUUUUAGACGCUGGCUGGAACGCCUGGAUUGGUGCCAUGGCAAAUGCAAACGAAAUGCUCGGGCUUCUUCAUGCGACCUACGGACUCGGUGCAACUAUUGCUCCUUUGAUCGCCACGAGCAUGAUCACCAAAGCCAACCUCCCGUGGUUCAACUGGUACUACUGUAUGGUUGGCUUCGCUGCCCUUGAGCUCGUAUGGUCAGUGCACGCAUUCUGGCCUGAGACUGGUGUAAAGUUCCGAGAGUCGAACGGCAGAACAUCCGAUGCCAAGGGCUCACGAUUGAGAGAAGCACUGCUUCAGAGGCCAGCCGCUCGUGUCACUUGGCUUUGCGCACUCUUCCUGCUUGGCUACGUUGGUAUCGAAGUUGCCUUGGGAGGAUGGAUAGUCGAAUUCAUGAUACAAGUCAGGCACGCUGCUCCAUUUCCCAGUGGCAUGUCAGCUACAGGAUACUGGUUAGGCAUGACUGUCGGCCGGGUAGUACUGGGCUUUGUCACACCGAGAAUCGGCGAGAAACUGGCCAUCAUGAUUUACAUUCCAAUCUCGAUGGGUCUGGAGCUGGUCUUUUGGCUUGUACCUCAAUUCUACGUUUCGACGAUCGCAGCAGCCCUCAUUGGGUUCUUCCUUGGACCACUUUUCCCAGCGGUCGUGGUUGCGUGCACUAAACUUCUGCCGAAGCACCUCCACGUGUCGAGCAUCGGCUUCGCAGCAGCAUUCGGAGGCAGUGGCGGUGCAAUCUUGCCAUAUGCAGUCGGCGCCAUCGCGCAAGCAAAGGGUGUCGGUGUUCUGCAGCCAAUUGUACUUGCAUUGAUGGCUGUGAUACUGAUGCUAUGGUUCGGCCUGCCACGCAUGAACAAGAAGAAGGAGUAG